AUGGACGGCACCCUCCUUAACACGGAAGAUCUUUACACUGAGUGUGCAUCAGAGAUCCUUGCUGAGUACGGAAAAGGUCCAUUGACCUGGGAUGUCAAGAUCAAAUUGCAAGGACGACCCGGUCCAGAGGCAAAUCGCUUGGUUAUAGAGCAUUAUGAGUUGCCCAUUUCACUCGAAGAUUACAUAGAAAAGUCACUUAAGAUUCAGGCUACCAAGUGGCCAAGAGCCAGAUUUCUUCCAGGGGCAUUAGAGCUAUUGCAAUAUUUGAAAGAGAAAGAUAUUCCCAUAGCUUUGGGGACCAGCUCUAACAAAAUCAAUUACCAUCGCAAGGUGAGUCAUUUGUCGCCUGGGUUUGAGAUAUUCGGAGAACAUGUGGUUUUGGGUGACGAUACGAGGAUACCUCCUGGUAAAGGUAAACCACACCCUCAUAUCUGGUACACAUGUCUCGGUAGUCUCAAUACUGAAAGGCAAGAAAAGGGUCUUCCACCAAUCGCUCCAGAAGAGUGCCUCAUAUUCGAAGACGGGCUCCCAGGUGUGCAAUCAGCAAUUGCAUCAGGGGCAACUGUUAUUUGGAUCCCAGACAAGAAAGCCAUUGAGGUAAUGGAUGGUAAACACCACGAUAUCAUCCGUAACUAUGGAGAAGUGUUGCUUAGUCUCGAGCACUUUGACAAAGAAAAAUACGGCUUAUAA